AGACCUUGGCCAAACAACUGUUGUUUAAAACAACAAACAAGGUUCCUGUCAUGAUGUCUGUGCAGAAACGCAAGGUUACAACCUCUGUGAGAAAGAGCUCAAUUGUUCGGAAGGUACCUGCAGUGAAGCCAACCAAAGUUGCACAAAAGACAAAGGAUGAUGAGGAACAUGUGGAUAAGGGUGUUGGCUUGGAUGAGACUCAAGGUAAAGGACUUACUAAACCUGCAGAUCAACUGGAGCUCACUGAGGCUGAGUUAAAUGAGGAAAUCACAAGGAUCCUGAAUGCCAAUAACCCAAAUGCACCCCAAAAUGUUGUACGCUACAGCUUCAAGGAACAAUCCUUCAUGCCUGUUGUUGUGGAUCAAAUGGCUGUUCACUUUGUGUUGGAGGGAAGGCUUAUACAUCGAAACUCUGAUGAGGCCAGAAGACUAAGGGCCAUGGGGGAUCUCCCAGAAGAGGCUGUAACAGUGGAAACAGGAACAGAACCUGAUGAGGAGAAAACAGACACCCUGGCUACACCUGUAAAAGACGAAGGGGCAGUGGAGGAAGUUGGAGAAGAAGAAAGACCAGACAGUGUUGCCCUCAAAACAGACAAGAAGCAGCCGAAAAUUACUAACCAGAUCAACUUCAGUGGGAGGGUCACCCAGACCUUCAAUAACCCACUAAGGGAAAAAAGCAGUCAGACUGUACGUCCUCCUUGCUGCGACUUCUCUGCCACUACUAAUCAGUGGUUGAUCUAUGAUGCGUACAUGGAAGAGACACAAAAACAAGAACAAAAUAAAGAGAAGCAGAAAGCCACACUACCAAAAUGGUUGAUGGAGCACAAAGACCUCACCAAAGUAGGAAAAGCAGUCAAGAUGUCUGAAAGAAUGGUCCAUCAAAAUACAUUUGAUGAAAUAGCACAAAAUUUCAAAUACUUUGAAGAUGCCUCUGAUGAGCUCAGGGAUGAGGAGGGCACCCUUCUCCCUUUGUGGAAGUUCCAAUAUGACAAAGCUAAAACACUGUCUGUCACUGCCCUCUGCUGGAGUACGAAAUUUGAGGAUCUGUUUGCUGUGGGUAUGGGAUCGUAUGACUCCAGGAAGCAGGAAGGUGGCAUGGUUGUCUUGUAUUCGUUGAAGAACUCAUCAUUUCCAGAGUACAUCUACCCCACCAAGUCUGGCGUCCUGUGUCUCGACAUCCACAAGCAGCAUUCUAACCUGGUGGUGGUGGGCCUCUAUGAUGGCUGUGUGGCCGUCUACAAUUUAAACAUUGAGGGAGUGGAGCCCAUGCACAAGAGCAUAGCUAAGACUGGUAAGCACACUGACCCUGUCUGGCAGGUACGCUGGCAGAACAAUGACAUGGACAACAACACCAAUUUCUAUUCUAUGUCAUCUGAUGGCCGAGUUGUGUCUUGGACACUUGUUAAGAAUGAGCUGGUCUACACAGACAUUAUCAGACUGAAUGGUGCUGUAUCUGAAGGGCCAGAAGAUGCACAGCUGCCCAUCUUCACUUAUGGUAGAGCGUUUGACUUCCACAAACAGAUCGACUCUCUCUUCCUGGUUGGCACAGAGGGAGGGAAAAUACAUAAGUGCUCGAAGACUUACUCCAGCCAGUUCCUAGAGACGUAUAAUGCCCACAGCAUGACAGUGGACACUGUGAAAUGGAACUACUUCCACCCACAGGUUUUUAUCUCUUGCAGUUCAGACUGGAAUGUCAAGAUCUGGGACCAUACCAUCAAUACGCCCAUGUUCACCUUUAACCUGAGAGCUGCUGUCAGGGAUGUUUCCUGGUCUCCAUAUUCCUCCACUGUAUUUGCUGCUGUCACAGCAGAUGGGAAGGUUCACGUUUUUGACCUCAGCAUCAACGAAUAUGAGUCCAUCUGUCAGCAGUCUGUUGUGGAUGAAAAGACGAAGUUGACGCACCUGGAAUUUAACCCUACCUAUCCCAUCAUCACAGUGGGUGAUGACAGAGGGUACGUCACCAGCUUCAAACUUUCCCCUAACCUUCGCACGAAACCCAAGGUAAAGAAGGGUCAGGAGGUGCCCAAAGGUCCAGAAUUCGAAGAAGCCAAAAUGGAGAAGCUGCUAAGUCUGCUGCGGCAAAGCCCAGUUUAAUUUUUCUAUCCCCAACACACAAACCUGAUACCAGGUCUUA